AUGUCGCUGCAAGCAGCUUCCAGUCUUUUGAGCCUUUCCAUGGCACCACCUUCCACCACCACCGCCGUCAACAACGUCAACACCAAUACUACUACACCAGCAGCCAAGCGCCCUAUUGCUGCGGUUGAUAAGGCUAACGUUCCACGUCCCUACAAAUGUCCCAUGUGCCCCAAGUCGUUUUAUCGUCUUGAACAUCAAACUCGUCACAUUCGCACUCACACGGGUGAGAAGCCACACCAAUGCACUUUUCCUGGAUGUGAAAAACGUUUUUCACGAUCAGAUGAGCUUACUCGUCAUGUUCGUAUCCACACUUCUCCCAACAAGCGUCGUGAACGUCGUCAACAAAAGACAUCCUCUUCCAACAAGAGAGCUAAAACUUCUCCUGCUACCCAAUCGCUCGAUCAACAACAACAGUCUGUGAUCAUCACACCACCCCCAUCGGCACCUACAUCACCUGCUCUUUCAGCUAGUGAACAUUUACACUCUGAUUCGGAUGCAGAGUUCCUCUUCACACCUGGUAACUCGCCAACCCUUUCACCUCGUGUAUUGUCACCCAUGGGAUCACCCAAGGCCGUCCACUCUACUUCUCCAAAAUUGGCACCUCUUGAAUGUGCAAAUUGGUGCCCUGUGUUUGCUCGUCCUCAACAACAACAUGUCGUACCUACUACUACUACAACCAACUCAAGUUUGCUUGAUCUAAUGGAUCGUCCUCCUCAAGCUCGAGUGCUUCCUCCUAUUGCUGUGGCUUCUGAUAAGGCUUUACCCUCGAUCCAUUCCGUCUUUCCUUCUCUCUAA